CGGAUGACGAAGGCGGCGAUGCAGCGGCGCGAGCUGCAGCGGCGGCGCGACUACGCCACCGCGUUCUUCGAGGAGCUGAACGCGACCGUGUUCGGGGGCGGGAUCCCGGCGGGGACGGAGCUGCAGUGGAACAAGCGGCUGCUCACGACCGCCGGGCGCGCGCACUGGAAGCGGACGCGCGAGGGCAAGCACGAGACGUCUAUCCAACUCGCAGAGAAGAUCCUGGACUGCGACGAGCGGAUUCGAAAUACGCUCUCACAUGAGAUGUGCCACCUCGCGUGCUGGGUCAUCGACAAUGCGCCGAACGAGAAUCACGGAACUCUGUUCAAAUCCUGGGCGCGGAAGGUGAUGCGCAAGCGAAGGGACGUGGAAGUCACCACCAGACACAGCUACGAGAUUAAGUGCAAGUACGAGUGGAAGUGCUCCACCUGCAGCAAAGUGUACGGCCGUCACUCCAAGUCCAUCAACCCGGACGAACAUGUGUGCGGCGUGUGCAAGACCGGGAGGCUGGUGCCCCAGUUCGAGACGCGGGCGCCGAAGACUCCCAAG